UUUCUGUGACCAGUGACUCUUUCCUGAGAAUAAGAGUGUAGGGAGACAGAAAUCAGGUUAAAGCCUAUGAAAAUUGCAAAUGCCUCUUUAACAUGUUUGCACUAUCUAAUGGAUCCUGGUUAAAGAUGAGUGAGGAAAGGGGUUUGAAGGAUUAAAUCCAUUGUUUGUAGCACUUCAUAAUAUCUUGUUAUGUUUUCCUUCUGUUAUUUAAUUGUUUACAACAAAGCAUAGGCAUGGAUAAAAGAAAUAAACCCCAGGAGCUGAUUUCAUCCUCCUAGGCCUUUUCCUGGAUAUGAAACAUAUCAGAUUUUUUAUUGGUGCUAUGCUUGUGAUUUACACUGUGUCUCUGACUUUGAACUUUGUCCUAAUUCUCCUGAUCUGUGUGGAUUCUCACCUCCACAUGCCCAUGUACUUCCUGCUCAGCCAACUGGCUCUCAUGGACAUGAUGUUAAUCUCUAGCACAGUACCCAAGAUGGCAACCAAUUUCUUCUCCGGGAGGAGAAACAUAUCACGAGUGGCCUGUGGGACUCAGAUCUUCUUCUUCCUGACUCUAGGAAUUGCUGAGUGCAUCCUCAUCACCCUCAUGUCCUAUGACCGGUAUGUGGCCAUCUGUAACCCUCUGAGAUACGCCCUCAUCAUGAGCCAGAAGGUCUGUCUGCAGAUGGCUGCCACCUCCUGGGCUGGGGGCGCCCUUACAUCACUCACACACACGGCCUACACCAUGCAUUUCCCCAUCUGUGGUUCCAGAGAGAUUUCCCAUUUCCUCUGUGAGGUCAUGGCCAUUCUAAAAUUGGCCUGUGAAGACGUCUCUGCCUAUGAGAAGGCUGUGAUAGUGACAAGCAUUGUGGUGCUCCUUAUCCCCUUGUCCCUUAUCAUGUUCUCUUAUGCUCUCAUCUUCCUUGCCAUCCUCCACAUGAAAUCCCCGGAGGGAAGGGACAAAGCCUUAGCCACUUGCUCUUCCCACUUGACUGUAGUGUGCCUCUAUUAUGGCCCUGCCAUGGUGGUCUACAUGAGGCCUAGUUCCUAUCGUAAUCCUAAGCUGGACCAGGUCCUCCUUGUACUUGGCCCUAUUCUCACACCUUUGCUAAAUCCUCUGAUUUAUGGUCUUAGGAACAAAGAAGUGGUGGGGGCCCUAAGGAAGGUGCUGAGUUGAUGACACUGAUGUCAACUUAAAAGAAGAAGGUACACCCACCUCUAAUCACUAACUUUAAUUCAGCCUAAAUAAG